AUGGCUCCUGGACUUGUUGAUCCUCCGAAUAUCAAUGCCUCCAAGCUUGAGACUCCCAUGACCAAGCUUGGGCAAGUUAUUCCUAAACUUGAGAUACCGACGGUCGAUAUCUCAGCCUUUCUCGCAAAUCCAGACUCCGAAGAGGCACUGAAGAUUAUACCCAUCGUCAGAGAAGCCUGCCGCUCCACUGGAUUCUUCCAGAUCACUGGCCACGGGGUCUCCACAUACCUGCAGAAAUCCGUCUUUGAUGGGGGCAAAAAGUUCUUCUCCCUGCCGUUUGAGACCAAAAAGGCCCUCGACUCCAAGACCGUCCGCGGUCAUCGUGGGUAUGAUGUGCUAGCUUCACAGGCCUAUGAGGCUGGUAUCAUGCCCGAUCUUAAGGAGGGCUGGUAUGUCGGCGAAGAUCUUCCAGACGACGACCCUCGUGUUCAGGCGGGCAGGUUCUUCAUGGGCCGCAACGUCUGGCCGACCGAGGCCGAGCUACCGUAUGCGGAUUUCCGCUCGCCUUGUGAGAGAUACCAUCAGGCGCUUAGCACCCUCAGCAAGCAGCUGUUGAAGAUAAUUGAGCGAACCCUGCCCUAUGGCCCAGGAAUCUUCGAUGACUUUGUCUCCAACAACCCAAUUACUCCGAUGCGUAUCCUGCACUACCCGCCCGCCACUUCGACUGAGCAGCCCCAGUACGGAGCUAGUGCGCAUACUGACUUCGGAGCCAUCACUUUGCUGUUGCAAGAUGAGAGUCCUGGUUUGGAGGUCAUGGACUCCCGCACUGGGGCUUGGGUGGCUGUUCCGCCGAAUCCCUCGGCAUAUGUGGUCAACGUUGGUGACAUGCUUAGUCGUUGGACGCGCGACGAGUAUGUCAGUAGUGUUCACCGUGUGAUCAACCGCAACCCCUGGGAUCGGUAUAGCAUUGUGUUCUUCUUCGACGGCAACGCGGAUACUGAGCUUCGGGCUCUGGAUGGCAGCGAGGCAAAUGACCCGAACCCAUUGACACCGGAGAAACACAUGCUGCACCGCAUGACCGAAAGCUACGGCAAGAAGUGA